AUAAAACUGUCACCCAAAUAAAACCUAUCUCUCUCUCGCAGCCAGCCCUAUCCUUUUUUACAUAGAGUCUUAUUCAUUCACUAUAUUUAUAUUUUUAUAUGUAUAAAGAACCCCAAUUCCUAACCCUCUUGCUUCCUCCUACACCCUACCUCUCUUCUCUCUCUUUCUCUCUCUAAUUUUCAGGUGGUGUAGGAACAAUGGAAGCUCAAGAGGAAGUCACCAGCAACAACAUCGUUAAGGGCAAGCGAACCAAACGACAAAGGGUUCAAUCGCCAAUCCCUUUUGCUAAUCUAACCUCUAAUUCCUUGAGCGGAGAUGGUGGUGGUGUUGAUGGUGAUGGAGAUGGAGAUGUUUGUGUUAAUGGAAAGAUUUGUGCAAACGUGUCACCAACGACUUCUCAAGAAUUCCAAGAUAGCACCCAAGAGGAAGAAGACAUGGCUAAUUGCCUUAUUCUCCUUGCUCAAGGCCAUAUCAAUAAUACUUUCAAAGAUUCGUCACCAAAGCAAGACGAUAAUUAUGCUGCCGGAGUUUACAACCCGGCCGUCACUGCUAUUGCUGCCACCACCACCAACAACAAAUUCAAUAGUAGAAAAUUCUUGGAAACUGGCUCUCCGGGUUCUGGCAAGGUCGGAUACUAUGUUUAUGAGUGCAAGACUUGUAACCGAGCAUUCCCAUCUUUUCAAGCAUUGGGUGGGCAUAGGGCAAGUCACAAGAAGCCUAAGAACGAUGAAAAGAAGCAGUUUGCUAUAUCUUCUGAUGAAGAAGAUGGACACUUCAGGGAUGUUUCUUCUCUUUCUCUUCAAUUGAGUAAUAAUAAUAACAAUAGAGGUAUGUAUAGCAGCAGCAAUCAAAACAAAACCAAGAUUCAUGAGUGUUCCGUUUGUGGGGCUGAGUUCACAUCCGGCCAAGCCUUGGGCGGCCAUAUGAGGCGGCAUCGGACACCAAUAGGGGCUAAUACUCGCACAACCUUGUCAUUAGCACCAAUGGCUAAAGAAUCAGAGGAACCCAAGAAAGCAAGAAACCUACUUUCCUUGGAUUUGGAUCUCAAUCUUCCAGCCCCAGAAAAUGAAAUACUCUCCUUUGCUUCCAAGGAACAAAAGCAACAGCAGCAACAACAACAACAACAACCAGAACAGCAACAGAAACCAUCUCUUGUCUUCUCUGGCCCUGCUUUAGUGGAUUGUCAAUACUAAUGAAGGUUUUUUUUUUUUUUUCCUUUUUUCUUUAUAUUUAAUUGAUCUCAAACACUGAUCAUAUAAUUUGUUUCCAAAUUCUUUUUUGUAAAAUUCAAAGAAUUACAAUUAAGAUUCUUUUUAUUCUUUCCACUUUUAUAUCUUGAUCAAAUUAAUUUUACACAUGUAUGAUGGAGUUUGAUGAAUUCUUUGUAAAAACUGCCUCCAGUUACUUGUGUUUCCCAAGAAGACUCUCUCUAAUUCAUGAAAAGUUCAUGAUGGGG